AUGUCAGAACUUAUGAAAUGUUCUCAUUCUUCAAAUGCAGCCACGAGAAAGAAGAGGAGCAAAAACAAGAAGAGGUUCAGCGAUGGACAAGUCAAAUCAUUGGAAUCCAUGUUUGCGACAGACUCCAGACUGGAACCCACCAAGAAAUUGGAGGUGGCAAGAGAACUUGGCUUGCAGCCAAGACAAGUUGCCAUUUGGUUUCAGAACAAGAGAGCACGAUGGAAGCUGAAGCAGAUUCAGCAAGACUACACUGUGCUUCGAGCCAAUUAUAAGACGUUGGAUUCACAGUUUGAUGCUCUCAACAAAGAGCACCAAUCAUUGUCAAUACAGUUGCAGAAAAUGAAAAAUCGAUUACAAAAGCCACUAGAACAAACUGAGAGUUUUAGUAAAGGACACAAAACAGCAAACAGCAUGGAGAGUGAAACUGGGAAUGGAGAGACCAUCAAAAGAGAACAGGAGAUGAAGCAGCCGAGCUUCUCAACAGAAAGAUCAGAAGACUUGGUUUGUGGUGUUAUCUCGGACUGUGACAGCAGAAAAGCAAAACAAUACUUUGGUGUAGAAGAUGAUCCUUCCCUUCUGGGCCUUGUUGAGAACACUGAUGGUUCUUUCACAACAUAUGAAGAUUGGGGUUUGUUAGGAUCAGAUGAUAUCUCAGGCCAAUUAACUAGCUAUGAUUAUCAAUGGUUGGACUUCUGGUCCUGA